GAAGGAGGGAGAGGAGGAAGGAGGGAGAGGAGGAAGGAGGGAGAGGAGGAAGGAGGGAGAGGAGGAAGGAGGGAGCGGAGGAAGGAGGGAGAGGAGGAAGGAGGGAGAGAGGAAGGAGGGAGAGGAGGAAAGGAGGGAGAGGAGGAAGGAGGGAGAGGAGGAAGGAGGGAGAGGAGGAAGGAGGGAGAGGAGGAAGGAGGGAGAGGAGGAAGGAGGGAGAGGAGGAAGGAGGGAGGAGGAGGAAGAGAGGGAGAGGAGGAAGGAGGGAGAGGAGGAAGAGAGGGAGAGGAGGAAGGAGGGAGAGGAGGAAGGAGGAGAGGAGGAAGGAGGGAGAGGAGGAAGGAGGCGAGGAGAGGAGGGAGAGGGAGGGAGAGGAGGAAGGAGGGAGAGGAGGAAGGAGGGGAGAGGAGGAAGGAGGGAGAGGAGGAAGGAGGGAGAGGAGGAAGGAGGGAGAGGAGGAAGGAGGGAGAGGAGGAAGGAGGGAGAGGAGGAAGGAGGGAGAGGAGGAAGGAGGGAGAGGAUGGAAGGAGGGAGAGGAGGAAGGAGGGGAGAGGAGGAAGGAGGGAGAGGAGGAAGGAGGGAGAGGAGGAAGGAGGGAGAGGAGGAAGGAGGGAGAGGAGGAAGGAGGGAGAGGAGGAAGGAGGGAGAGGAGGAAGGAGGGAGAGGAGGAAGGAGGGAGAGGAGGAAGGAGGGAGAGGAGGAAGGAGGGAGAGGAGGAGGAGGGAGAGGAGGAAGGAGGGAGAGGAGGAGGAAGGAGAGGAGGAGGAAGGAGAGGAGGAGGAAGGAGAGGAGGAAGAGGAAGACGAAUGCUGUUCAUAUAUUAA